AUGCGCACUUGCUCGAUUGUCUUUGCCCUCGGCACUUUGCUCGCUUUGAGCUUGCCCCAAAUCGUCGUCGCUGCUCCUCAAGCUGCCAAUUCGACUGAUUCCACUGAAAAGUACGUUCUCCGAGGCUCGCUUUAUCGGCAGCUACCUCAGAACUGACGACCUCCCCUGCCCUCAUCACACCGCAGAAUGUCGUGCAAGUAAGUCGCCUCGCCGGCGAUCGGCGAUCGGGCUCUACCUCCCGAGCAACCCCUUUCUCACUAUUUCUGAUCCCCGGCCUCCUCUUCCUCAGUUCAUGCGUCACGACAUGCAACCAAAAGAACCCAGCGACUGGAUCCGCGGAUAUGCAGGUGUAAGUCCGCUCUGCCAUUGCACCCACACACCCCUCCUCUGAGCAUAGCUCAUGUUCCGAUCACUCGCUCCCGCCGUCUCGCAGUGGCACGUCGUUGGCCGAUUGCAUGAACAAUUGCAUCUCUGUGCACAACUGCGAGUCGUAA